AUGGGUCAUCCUGAUGUACCAUCAGAUAAAGAAGACGAAGAUAUUAAAAAACCGACUAAAACAUCAAAUGAAACUAUUUCUUCCAUUGUUACAAAAACAACAACAAAAUCUUCAUUAGAAGAACCAUCAUCCAGCACAAUAUCAAAUCUUACUUCACAACCAUUAACAAAAACUGACAAGAGUUCUAAACCAUCGAUAUUUGGAGAAAAAGCUCCAGCUAAUGAUAAUGAGGAUGAUGAUGAUAAUGAACUUUUUAUGGAUGCACCGAAAUUAAAACCAUUAUCGAAUGUCGUAUCAUCACCAUCAAAAACUAUAGUUGAUACAAAACCGUCAAUAGUAAUUCCGCCUAAAAAAGAAAAAGAUAUAUUUGAUAAUGAUACUGAUGAAGAUGAUGAUCCAUUUACAAUCAAAAAGAAAAAUACUUCAUCAUUACCUAUAAAAAAGAAUGAUACAAAUUCAAAAAUUCAACCACAAACAAUAAUUAAACCUAAACCAGUUAUUCAACAAGAUGAAAGUGAUGAAGAUGAACUUUUCGGAACAAAAAAAACACAACCAAAACCAAUUCCAACAAUAUCAAAAACUAGUACUUUUGAAAAAACUAAAUCACCUAGUUCCGACGAUGAUCUUUUCAAUACAUCGACAAUCACUAAAUCACAACCACCACCAACAACAACAAUAAAAACAUCUGACGAUGAAGAUCCUUUAUUUGCUCGUAAACCACCAGCGCAACAACCAGCUGCACCUAUUAUUCCUCCUCCUGUUCCUGUUUCUACUUCAUCAGUUAAAAAACCAACUAUCACAACAGAUGAAGAUAGUGAUAAUGAAAUAUUUGGUAUAUCUAAAACAAAACCAAAAGUACCAACAAUUGAAACACAAAACAUUGUUUCACCUAUUAAACCUAAUGUAUCGACAAUAGAAACUCCAAAAGUAGUUCCGUCUAUCAAAUCUAAUGAUGAUAAUGAUCAAUCAUUUGGUACAUCAACAAGUAAACCAACAGUACCAACAAGCCAAAUACAAAAAAUACGUUCACCUACUAAAACUGAUGAUGAAGAUGAUUUAUUUGGUAAAUCAACUAUUAAACCUAAAGUAUUAACAAAAGACACUCAAAAAGUUAUUUCACCUAUGAAAUCUAGCGACAAUGAUAAAUUAUUAGGUACACCAACAACUAAACCAAAAAUCACAACUACAAAAAACAAUGAUGAUGAUGAUGAUUUAUUUUCUUCUCCAAAACCAAUUCAAGUUAAACCUUCGACAACUACUGUUUCAUCUCCUUUACCUUCAACAACAAUUGUAAAAAGCGAAACUUAUGAAGAUCCUUUAUCAGGAAUUCGAAAACCUAUUGAAACUCCAUCACAACCACCAAUAAAAACGCCUACUGUUCAAACAGUGAAGAAAAAUGUUUCAGACAGUGAUGAAGAUGAAUUAUUUCCCAAACGACAAAUCAAUACAGUAGCAUUAAAAGAAGGUGAAAAACCAAAUGUUAAAGCUCUUUCAUCGCUUUUAAAUAUUAAUCCAAAUGCUCAUCGACCAGGUGCACGUCCAAAAACACAUUCAAUCACUGAAGAACAGUCGAAACCUUCUAUUGUUAAUGAUGAUCAAUCGAUUCAAAAUAUUGAACCUUCACAAACUGUUGUGAAAAAAUUGCCAAAACUUGAUUCGGAUAGUGAUGAUGAAUUAUUUAAUAAUAAGAAAAAAGAAAAAUCAGCUAUUGUGAAUACAGAAGAAAAAGAUAAAACUAAUAUUGAAGAUGAAAAAGUUAAUGUUAAAGCACUUUCGUCACGUAUCAAAAUAAAUCCAAUGAUGCAUAUGCCAGGUACUCAUCCGAAACCGAUUUCUAAUGAAGAAAAUGAAUCAAAUAAUAUGACACACACAACUUCAACUGAAAUAUCAAAAGAAGAACCAAUAGUUGAUAAAACUAUGUUAAAUAUCCUUAAAGAUCGAGCUAAACUGUCCUCUAAAAAUCGAACACCACCAACAAGAAAACCUCGUUCAACUGGAGCUGCAACAACUGCUACAACAAAUGAUGAUCUCUUUGCUUUGCCUAGUUCGACUACAACUGCUACAUCAUCUUCUACGACUACUAGUCCAACAAUUUCUCCUCAAUCUACUGUUCCUCCACCAGCACCUAUAACAGGUUUGCCAGAUAAUACUGCUGCUAUUGCUGCUAUAUCUGAUAAACAAACUAAUUCAAAAGAAAAGAAAAAAUUUUCGCUCUUUGAUUCUGAUGAUUCUGAUAUUGAUGAAUUGUUAUUCGGUUUUAAAAAUAAAUCUUCUAUAACAUCAAAACCAACCACAACCCAAUCAACAAUACCGAAAACAACUACAAAAUCAGCUAUAUUACCAUUAGAUGAUGAUGAUGAUGAUGAUUUUCUAUCAAAACGACCAAUAAAAAAAAGUACAAAACCAAUGGAUAAUGAUGAUAUAUUUGCUGAUGUUACGAUUAAAUCCCAACAAACCAAUAAAGCUAAAAAAGAUUGGUCUAUUAUGAACAAAACAGUAACAGAUGAUACAGAUGAUAUUUUUAAUAAUGCAUCAACAAAGUCUUCCACUACUCAAAAAUCAAAGUCAACAAAUAUUAAAAAUAAAUCAAACAAGGAUUUAGAUGAUAUCUUUGAUGAUCCACUCAAUAUUUCGUCCAAACGAUAA